CUGUUUCCCUGAGGGGCCAGGCAAGCCCCCUUCAGCUUCUUUUUGACCUCUCUCAUAGAAACAUGGCUGCUCACUCCUCAGCCCCACCGCCGACUUACGAAGAGACGACUGGCACCAAUAACUCAGUCCCGUAUCCCUACCCACCUGCAGGGGACACUGCUGUGAAAGGGGCGCCAGCCCCGCCAGCCCCACAUUACGCUUCAUACCCACCCCAGCCCUAUGGCAUGCAACCUGGACCAGCCCCAGCGAUGCCUCCUCUCUCAGUCCAGGCCGUCUACAUCCCGGGCCCGCUGGUGUUCCUUGACCGCCCCAUGCAGAUACGCUGCCCCGCCUGCAACCAGAUCAUUGUGACCCGGAUCGCGCACAGCCCGGGGGCUCUGGCCUGGCUCUCUUGUGGCGGCCUGGCCCUGCUGGGCUGCUGGCUGGGCUGCUGCCUCAUCCCCUUCUGUGUGGAGGCCAUGCUCGACGUGGAACACUACUGCCCCUGCUGCAACACCUACCUGGGCGUCCACAAGCGUCUCUGAGUGGGUCCGGGCCUCCGAUUCUGGGAGGCGCCAGGUCCCCUCUUUGCGUUACUUCGCCCAAAUCCUUUUAUGCCAUGCCUCUGGGCAGC